CUGAGAAAUGACCGUCAGAUGUCACUAGUUAGUGCUACAAAAGUCAUGGCGGAUUUUUUUCACAAGUUUUUAUAGAUUUGCCGUAAUUUGUGGGUAGAUUUAUUACUACCGGCGUCGAAAAAAAUUUUAAUUCUCUUAACGGCAACAAGUAAGCGAUUAGUGAAAUCCAAAGUCAAAAGAACGGAAACUUUGAUUUAAAAAGCGACCCAACACAAACGUCUCGAAUUUCUGUGAAUUAAUGAUAAAUAAAAUCGUUCCAAUUUUUAAUAGGACGCUACGGACUCUUAAAAUAAUUUUUUUUCGCCUACUAUGACGCAAUAGGCUGUAAAAGUGUGCCUUUAGAUUAGCACUUCAUACAGAUAUCAAAGAUGAACGAGGGUGCGCCUGUAAUGUUCCAUGCAGGCGGUGGGUACGGUCCGGGUGUUUACGUGAUGCCGAUGGAACGGCCUCGGCAGUAUGGGCUGGAGGUGGUUCCUACGAACGUGACUGGCACAGCUUCCCCCUCGACCCCGAGUACUCCACGUCGCUGGCAGCGCCGCGACCGACAGAAGGAUACAGCAUUUGGAUAUGAUUCAGAUGACUCCAGUUUGUCUAGCAAUGCUUCUAGCUCCAACAAGUCUGGUGAAAAAGGGGAAUGUACGUCUAGCAACCCAGAUCACACGGCAGCGGGGAACACGGCCCAGGUUCUGUACAACGCGCGGGAGUGGCGCGGCCGGCGGCGGGACGUGAGGCCGCAGCGCCGACUCGCACCGGAGCGGUUCUUUAAGGCCACCUAUCCCUUUCAAGUUAAGUUCACACCGGAUGACCUUUUAAAUGGGUCCAAGUACGACACCCUGUCGCAGGAGAUCUGGGACAAGUUCGUCAAGUCGCAGCAGACUGAGGAGACGUUCCGGAAGAAGAUGAACCUUUGGAGAUAUCUAUAUGUCACUAUCAAAACGAUAUUCCCCCGCUACGGGCUGUACGUGGUGGGCUCCACCAUGUCGGGCUUCGGGCUGGAGUCGUCGGACAUGGACCUGUGCCUGCACGUGCGCGCGCACCAGCACGUGGAGCCGCGCCCGCACGCGCUGCUGCACCUCAACUACAUCCUCGGCUACAUCCGGAGCUUCGACCCCGGUGCGGAGCUGAUCCAGGCCAAGGUUCCGAUCCUGAAGUUCCGCGACGUCCGCAACGGGCUCCAGGUGGACCUCAACUGCAACAACGUGGUCGGCAUCAGGAACACCGACCUGCUGCACUGCUUCUCCAGAAUGGACUGGCGCGUGCGGCCGCUGGUGGCGCUGGCCAAGCUGUGGGCGCGCGCGCACGCCAUCAACGACGCGCGCCAGCGGACGCUCUCCUCCUACGCGCUCACGCUCAUGGUCAUCCACUUCCUGCAGUGCGGCACGAGCCCCCCCAUCCUGCCGCGCGCCUGCGACGUGCUGCGCGCGCCCCCCCGCGGGCCCCCCGCCGCGGCCCCCCCGCACAGCCGCGCCACGCUGGGGGAGCUGUUCCUCAACAUGCUGCGCUACUACGCCACCUUCCCGUACUCGCGCAUGGCGGUGUCGGUCCGGGCGGGCGCGCGCGUGUGCGUGUCGGAGUGCCGCGCCGCCCGCGCCUGCAAGAACGACCCGCACCAGUGGAAGCUGCUCUGCGUCGAAGAGCCCUUCGACCUGACCAACGCGGCGCGCUCCGUGUACGACCCGGACACGUUCGAGCGCAUCGUGAGCACGUUCCGGGACAGCUACAGGCGCCUGUCCGCCGGCCUGCGCCUCGGCGACGCCUGGCCGCAGCGAUGAUACCGGCCCCCGCCCCGCCCGCACAGCCGCCAAUGAACAAUACAUAUAAAGAAUAACUAAACGUGUAGCACAUUCUAACAAGGUGCGGCGAUUGUAUCCAUGGCUUAGACCGUGACUCCGUCACUUCGAGGUCGACCCGUCUGCGAGUGUACCCGGGAGGGCUAGCGGGGGGCGCCGCCCCGAAUGCGUCCCCCCGGUGCCACGACGUACUAGGUUAUUGCAGAAAAUAGCUUACAAACAUAGCUCCUAGCACUCACAGCUCCACUAAAUACUAAAUUAUUAUGUAUAUAUUUUAUGUGCACGUUUUUUUUAUAUUUGCCGUGCGGUACUUUAAAGGAUGGUAAUAAAAUCUUGAUGGAGUUUCCCAAUCGGAGGGACAAGUGUGCAGCUCGGCGCCGGGACCCGCCUCUGAGCUUAGUGUAACUAGAGUCGCGUGGCAACCCCGCCCCCGCCCCCGCCCCCCGCCGCUCCAUCCCCGCGACCCCCAAUUAAACUUUAAUAGAUUUACUAGAUCAAGUACCUCACUUUUAAAUAAAGUUAUUUAAUUACAAAUGGAAUUGUUUAUUAAAGAAAUGUAAGUAGGUCCCGCGUGCGGCGGGCGGGAGGGCCCCGCUCUCCCGGAGAAUUUUACUCAGGUUGUGGAAAAGUCACGUGUACUCGGAGAUUAAUUGUUCAGUCAAAUAACGACGGGCCGAUGUCGAGGGAUUGUGUUUUGUUAUUUAGUCUCUUUAAAUGAAACUGGAGCACCGGGUGCUCCGCGCCGGGUCGGCUGCUAGCGGAACUAUACAAAGGAACGGGGGGCGUGAUCGACAUUGUGUGCGCGCCGGGGACUGCGGGGCGGGCCGGGGGGACACGCACCCCGCCCCGCCCCCGCCCCUCCCCGCGCGUCCCGCCGGCGCGCUCCUGUGCAGGAAACGCAUUCAAUUGUACGAGUGUGUCUUAAAUUAAAAUGAGAUAGUUUCAUCCAAACUUUGAAUAGACACAUUAAGUACAUUGAGAACAGUGAACCAUUUCUCUCUUACUUUGGAACUGAAGACAGGCUCAGCGCAGCGGGGCCUAGCAGCUAACUGACGUUAGCAAUGGCCGGCCAACCGCUCGCUAACGGCGAUACCAACUCGAUGAGCUAAGGAAGAAAUGUUCAGUGUGCACUCGGCGACACGAUCGCAAUGUUGAUACGCGCCGGCACGUGCCUCGUGUCAACUACAUUUACUUACACUUAGGUAUCGGCACAAGAGUCUGCUUACAUCAGUACCGACGCUACAGUGUUGUAUGCAGGACAAACUCUCGUCGGCUCGGCGCUCCGACCGACUAAAUAUACCGACCUGCUUACAUACGUGUGGUUAACGUUCACAGAAUAGUAUUUAAUUAUCUACUUAUAAAUGAGAACUAUAGUCUAGUUUCGACCUAGUCGAAUAGCGUAACAACAUAAUUGUUAUAGGAUAUUUUAAGAGAUGAAAAAGAUGAAAAGAAUAAUAUGGCAAUUAAAAAAAAGUCACAUAAUAUCAAGUAAAUCGGUAGAGAAAAAUAUUAGAAACGUCGCGGUAGUCGCCGGGGUCCGGCUCCGACCUAAGACUGAAUUGUAUCAUAAUAUAUUCGCCUCACUAGUAUCGACGUCGACCCAUCACUAGAGGUCCGCAGACGUGGCGACAUGUUGCGUCCCAAUACGUUUAAUAUUUAUUUAUUUUUUCGUUCUUUAUAAGUUAUUUUAAUAUAUAUAUAUAUGUUUUUAUGUACAUAGUUAAGAUAAAAAAAAACAUUUUUAGUAUCGUGUGCGUUUUGUAAAUAUGUGUACAGAGUAAAUGACAAAAAUAAAUAUAUAAAUAUGAUUAUAUUGGAAUGUACCCGUCGACGGCUCGGCGCGGAGGGUCCGCGGGAGCCUUCACGAAAAUUAUGUUUGAAAGGGAAGAGGAAAACCGGCAGUCGUCAAUGCAAAUUGUAGUACAUCGGUACGCCGUACAAUGGCACGUGUCAUUAACAAUUGUCAACUUUAAAAGUUGCAUUUAUUUAUUCUUCCUAAUGUAUGGGUGCUAGUAGUGAAACUCGCGUGAUCCCCGCGGCGGUCCCCCCGGGACGGUCUCCACGCGGUGGGACCCCCGGGGCGAUCCCCCCGUGGCGCCCCCCCGCGGCGUUCCCCCCGGGGGUCCCGCGGCGCGCGCCAUCGAACCGAUAUGUUCCCGCGAUGCGCGACGCCGGGCGCCGCGGCACACGCACUCACAUUGUUACUCGGAAUUUUAUUAUUUAGCUGUUUAGUACUUGUUUGUUUUUAAUUUUGAAUGUGUUAUCGGAGUUAGUUAAAAUUAAGAUAAAUCUAUGGUAAUGUUAGAAGUUAUAAUGAAUGAUUUAAAAUCACCAUCUUAACGUUGUCCCGCAGCUAAUGUUGUUGUCCGAAGCCGGCUGUUUUAUAUAAUAAUAAUGUUAUUGCGUAAGUUUUAUAAAGAUUUUACACGAGCGGCGCCGCGCCCUCGAAUAAUACCGAGAGUACAAUAAAUAAUGAUUUUUAAUUUAAAAAACGUGUUAUUUGUAAGAAAAACGGUAAGGUUAGAAAAAAAAAGUCUCAAAAACACGAUUCUAAAAUAAUAAAAAACAUAAAAUUCGAAGAAACAUAUAAAAAUGUGAAAAUAAAAUAAAAAAAAUAAAAAUAUAAAAAAAAUAAAAAAAUAUAAAAAAAAAUUACAAAAAUAAUUGACAGUCCAGAGUCAGAUUUUAGUCGCAUGCUCUUCACUUUUAUAUAAAAAUUUGUUCAUAAAUCGCUAUCUACAAAUAAGUUUUAUAGAUUUGUUUAAAAUUGUUUUAAAAAAUUAUGUCAAUAUUUACUUUAAAAAAUACCUGAAAUGCCUCAUUAAAUCAUUCGCUUAUGAAUUAAUUGUUCAAUUAAUCUUUCAUCUGUCCCGUAACUUAAUGGCUGUGUAUUUAUUUUAGAUCAUAGGAAAAAUAUCAUCUCACUCUGACUCUGGAUCGAAGUGUUGCGACACCAACAUCUGUUGUUCUCUUAUGUAUAGUUCAAAUUGGUAGGCAUUAAUAUUUUUGAAGACACUUAAACAUAUAUAUAUAUAUAAUAUCUAUGCGAUAAUCUUUAUGGGACAAAAGAUGAUAUUUUUUCUAUGAUUCCAUUAUUUUGGUCUGGUGACUUGCAGAGCCCCCGCGCGUCCCAGACCCGCGACUUGUUCGAAUAUUUGCACUUAUCAACCAGACAUAAAGUGGUAAAACUUUAAUAAGAUCUAAAAACUAAAAUAUCUUCCCAUAAACUUGGCUCAAAUAUUUUCAAGAGCUUGAAAAACGUUCAUUAAUCUUGAAAAUCAAGUAGAUUUGAAACCAAAAUAUUAAUUAUAAACCUAUAAUAUAAAAUGCAUUUUAAUCAAUACAAUAAUUAUAUUUGUUUGCAAAGUCAAAUUCAUUCUCGUUUUGUAGAAUUUGGUUUCAAAUUGAUCCGUGCAUAUCCUUCAAUAUACAUAUAAUUUCAGUAAAGGAAUCAUGACUUCGAUUUAAAAAAAUCAUUUGUAAUUAAAAUGUUACCUACCUACCAAAUAUAUAUAUCUUGGUAAGUUUAGUCUUUAACAGUAACCAAAAGUGUUGUUUUGGGCGUGCUAGCAAAACUUGUUAUAUUGAAGCUCACCAGUGUGCUUAGUGCGAGCUAUUUGUAUUGAGUUAGAACAACUCCACUACGUUUGCCGCUAGGGACGCUGUUACAGCUCGAUACAAAUUGAGUUAACUUUUAUGCGAUAGAGAAGUUAAAAAACUCUCACUUAGCACACAGUACAAUGCAAGCACCAUUAUGUGUGUGUGUGUGUGUUGUAGUAGAGGUGUAACUGUCACAUUUCCAAAAUAAAUGGUGCUUAAAAAUACGCCCAAAUUGAUAAAUUAUAAUAUGUAAUACUAAAAAAGUUUGCAGUCUGGGUGACAUUAAGUUGGUUGUUUUGGGGGGACAAACAUAUAACAAUCACUGCCAAAAAAAUUAAAAUUGGGGAUGGUAAUUGGGAAGCUAUUUAAUUGUAUUUAUUCUACUGUAAUAUGUUUUGGCCUAAAGUUCAAAGUGCGUUUAUAGAUACUGAAAGCAAUAAAAUGUUGUGUCCAUAAGUUUUAAGCAUUAGAUUUUUGAAGACCUAAGUAACUUCUAUUGCUUUGUCUAAAUAUUAUGUAACAUGUCCACUAAUAUAGUUCAUUAAAAUGAAAUGCAAAACAAUUCUAGCAGGCUGUUAUUUUGAACUUUUUAAAUUACAGUUUACUUAUCCUAUUGCAGUUAAUAAAACUGGUUAAAUUGUGUUAUAACAAUCCAAUUGUUUCGAACUCUCUCGUAGAAAUUAAUUGCGCCUCCUUCAAUCGCUCAUAAAUUAGUAACGGAAUGGUGGCCAAGUUCUACCAGAAGUCCGCCUUGUUGUUGCAUUAUAUUUUGAUGAACACAUUGUAUCUAUCGUUGGACAAAAUGAAUUGUAAAGUGGAUAUUUGGAACUGAUAUUAAAUAAAAAUAUACACAAC